AAAAUUGAAAUUAGUGCCGCGGAGUAACAUGGGGGAUAAUCUUCUUGGGAACAAGAUGGCCAGCUUACAUAAAGUCCGCUGCAGUGAAUCCUUUCUCAAGGGAGGGAACUCCAUGAUCUCUUUUGCUCAUUUGGACGACUUGUUACCGGUGCAACGGUCGACAUCUCAAAGUCAAACGAAGAGUACUUCAGAAUCUGUGUUUGAUACGGACACGGGAGAAGCAGUAUCCGACCCUGUAAAAUUCCUCCUGGAUAAUGGCGCACAGCUCUCAGUGUACAGUUUUGACCUCAAUCGGCGAGUUCUGGGACUGGUCAAAGUGAGGGAAGGAGUCGACAUCAGGAAGAAGUCAUUUUUGUACCAGGCACAGCGAGAAAGUGCAGAGGAACUCUUGCUCCUCCCCUUCGAUGUGCUGCCAGCAGUGGAAGAUGCUCUGGCAGAAUCUUUGUCAGGAGUCAAAAACAUCUUCCUGCAUAGUACUGGUCGUUGUGGGUCCACCCUGAUGUGCAAAGGUCUGGAUGUGAUGAGUCAGAUACAGGCCGUGUCAGAACCUGACAUCUUCACUUUGAUUUUUGAGCAUAUUUGCACAAGAGAUGUUCCGCUAACAUCAGAAGAGACGGAAGAAGCCGUGAUGCUGCUAAAACACAGCAUCACCCUGCUGAACUUCUGGCUCCUACAGAACGACCCGUCCCGGACAGUCAUCUGUUACAAGCCUCGAAGUGUCGCAGUCCUGGUAGCAGAGCUCAUGCAGAAGGCAGUACCGGAGGCAAAAACUAUCUUCCUUUAUAGAGACCUUCCUAGCUACUACGACUCUACUCUUAGUCUUAUGUUUUCUGGUAGCUAUUGGCGUUACUACUUCGUAACUGCAUUGAGGUUGGAUGCAUUCUUUCUCUCUAUGAUGCUAAAGGGUGCGCCGAAGAUGUUCCAGUAUAUAUUAGAACAUCCACGCAUGGCCACAUGCCCUGUUAGACAUGGUGCGCCGUUCAUGUUUGUCAUAUUUUGGAUCUUGCACAUGCAAAAGGCGUUUGAUCUGAUUCAGGAUGAUUCGGCUAAUUUCUUCCAUGCGUGUUUGAGUUAUGAACAGCUCUUGGAGCACAAAGAACGAUGUAUCCUAAAGGUUCUAAAAAAACUUGAUGUUGAUAUUCCGAAUGAUACCGAUGUUUCUGACAUUCGAGCUGUGUUUGGUGUGGAUAGUCAGGAGGGUAGCCCCAUGCAGAGUGGAAGGAGAAAAGGGGAUCAGGUAUCAAGUUCCUGGGUUGGUACUUGGGAGAGGAACUUCUUUUCAACAGUUCUGGCACACUUCGAUGGAGAUGUUAAUGACCCUUACUUUGUCCUGCCAAACAACAUGGUCAUAAACUGACAUCCUCUAAUAUGACAAGAGACUUAUCUCCAAGUAGAUGUAAGGAUCUAGCUAAUUCUUGGUGUUUCACCGACAUUUUUACUCUCUUCUAUGAGCUUAACUGUUGUUGAAGAAUAGAAAAGAGUACAAACCCGCUACAUUAACAGGCGUAAAAACAGAGAAUCAGCCAGAUUCUUACAAAGUGCAAUGUAUAUGUCUUGGAGUUGUGAAUAGUUUCAUCUGACAGGUUAGUAAAUGAAAAGAUAGCAAAAUUCUUAAUUAGGCCAUGUUGAUUUCAUUAUAUGGAUGACAUCCAAAUGCAUCAAUUUUCGUUCGUUUCAAAAAAUAGUUCAAGACCAUACUAUAAAUCGUACAAAGCUAGCAGAUAAAUUGAGAUAUUCGAAAACAGGUAAUAUACAUUUGUAGAUUGUCAAAGUGAAUUCCAAAGUCAAAGAAGAUGUGAAAGAACAAAAAUGAAAAAUCUAUUGUUAUAACUUUGUAUGAUUAAUCAUUUGUUCAAUCUUCCUGACCAUUCAGGGUAAAAAGGCUUGUGUAUUCAAGCAAAAGCAUGAACCUCUCACGAUCCAGGGCUUGUAGAAAUGCAAGAAGCCGUAGUCAUUGUGAGACUGUGUUUAUCAACUAGUUUAAGAAGUGUUGAUUUGUAUUAACUUGGUUAGAAUGACAUUCUUUUUCUGUUGGUCCAAUGUUGUAAACUAUUUUUUCUCCCAACUUGAAUGUUUCUAUUUAAUACACAAAAUAGAUGUUAAAUAUACAUGUAAUUUGUGCCAAAAUGUUGUCUAGUACGUUAGUACUUUAGUUGACAGUAAACGCAUGUUAUAAUUGUUGUAUUACACUUGUCUAAGAAAUGUAAAUUAUCAAUUAGCCACAAGGUAGAUGAUGGAAUUUGACAUUAUGUACUUUAUUACAUUACAUGAAUCUGAUUAAAACUUGGCUCUCUGUGAAGGACAAGAUUGUUUCUUACAAGUUUUCUUGGGUACUAGCUUUAAGAAAACCAUAUACCUAAGAUGAAAACUUGUAGGAACUAACACUCAGCAUGAGUGUGACAAACUAUAUUCAAUAAGAGUAUACAUUUGUAGCACAAUGUCCUUAAAAGUGACCAACUCCUUACAAAGAAAUCAAGAAAUUCAAUGCACUUUUAAUAUUUCCAUCCUUCCAUUGCACUGUUGGUGCUUCUAUGUGCACUGCAGACAGUUAUGCUAAAGAUGUGCAGUUGAGCCAUUGGUACCUGGCUGAAAAUGUACUGGUAUUCAAAAAUGAGUAUUGUAUUGAAAAGUAUUUUAAAGGGGAGACUGAAACCUUCUUAAAGGUGAGAUUGGAAAAUCUACUCAUCAAUUCAGGUGAAAGUUUAAGAAAAUGGUAAGGUGUUAAAAAUGUAGACAAUUCCACUU